AUGGGUUGCGUCUUCUCCUCCUCCUCGUCCUCAUCAAAUCCAGACGAUAGCGCUUUAGAGGACGAACAGCACGAGCUCACCGCCAGGCGUCAGUUUCAAUCCGUCUCGUCUCAGGAAUACAAUCGCACGUGGACGUUUCGAAACACCGAUCCCAUCGAAGACGACGACGGAGACGAAGCGGACGAGAGGAAGAAAAAAGCAACCAUCUUUUGGGAAACCAUUCACGCGUACGGCGGUGCCAAGGAUUGCUGGACCGCGUUAGAAGUCGCGCUGACGAAAACAGAAGACAUCGCACUCGCGAGGGAGAUUUUAAACGCGAGUGGGAUGAAAGUCUGCCACAAAAACGCAUUAGCGUGUUUCGACGAACGCGGGUUUUUGUAUUCGAUUCCGAGAUACGCGUUAGCGGUAAAAACAGUUAGCACACCAGCGUAG